AUGGAUCAAGCAGAUAUACCUUCGUUGCUCUCGAGGCUGAACAGUGAUGAGGAUGCUAUGCGCAAGAUGGCAGUAUUCAAGCUACAAUCUUCUAUUAAUGAUCCUUCAUUCGCAGAUGUAUUUAUUUCCUCGGGGGGCCUUACUAUCCUACGUCGAUUAAUCAUGACAACUAAUGCGAAUACCCUCGCAUACUCCCUGCAGAGUCUCAGUCGUUUACUGGAAGUUGAUAUGGGCUGGGAGAUCUUUGAGUCGCCGGGUGCAGGAGAAUUGGUCGAACGCGUUGUCGAAUUGAUCGUUACACAUCCUUUGGUUAAUAUUCUACGAGGAGCUAUGUCAACCUUGGUCGCUAUUGUGAGCCAUCCACAAUCUUCGGGAGGAGGCAUCAAAAUACCUGGCGCAUUUGGAUUUCGAGCCUUGAAACCUGCCGUCGCGGUUUAUCCUCAGUUCUUCGAAAUGGUGGUUUCACAGCUCAAUUCUGCGGACCAUCUACUUUGUGCGAAUGCGCUGAUGUUACUGAGUGCUUUGAUGCGGGAUGCGAUUACAAAUCAGAAUGGGAACGGAAAGGAUAAUGUUAGCAAAAGUAGUGGGACUGGAGAGGAGUGGCCGAAAUUCAUCAAACGACUACAAGACUUGGGAGUUAUAAAAGCUGCAUAUAACUUGAUGCAAAGUUCGGCAUUACAAGAUCUAUCGCAUCCGCUAUUGGAAUUUCAGGGUUUGACCAAGGUUUUGUUAGGGAAAUGGAGGGAAGUGAAGGUAGAUUUGGAAAGACCGGAACAUCGACGAGCACUGAAAGGUUUACAUUUGGCCAGCGCACCCGAGAAGAAAGAUCUUAGCAAUGGAGCUUUGGCGAAGGUAGAGGCGUUAGAAAAUGGGGAAAAGAAAGGAAGUCGAAAACACAAUCCUGAAAAGUGGAGGCGUUUGGGCUUCGAGACUGAAAGUCCUGCUUGGGAGUUUGAAAUGACCGGCUUCCUUGGUAUGAUGGACUUGACGGAUUAUGUUCGGAAGAAUGAAGAUGGGUUCCAAAAGCUUCUAUUAGAGCAAUCAUCAAAACCACUUCAUGAGAGAUGCCCUAUUGCAAGAGCUAGUCUAAUGGUUACAUCUAUUUUAUAUGACCAUUUCGAUGUCGAUAAAUCAGAUGCGGAGGAUGCGAAAACUUAUCUGGUGUUAGAUGGUGUCAAGAACUAUGAUAAGAUAUUUCGACCUCUACUAUUACAGUGGUCAAGAUUACACUCAUCGAGUUUGCAAGCUUUCUUUAGGUUAUGGAAAGCCACUGGGGCGGAGCAGGACGACUUUAUCAAGGUUGCAGAACUUGUACGAAUAUUGGUUGAGCAAGUGGUCGGACAGGCUUCUAGGACAACAGAUGUUUUAGAGGUUGAAGAAGAAUUGGCAGAAUUCGAAUACUCGAAACUACGAACCUUACAGAUGGAAUUGUUGGAAUUAACAUUCGAAGAUGAAUGGGGUCAACAUUUGCAUCAAGUGAGAGACGAACUCAAACAUGAGGCUCUUCAAUUCGUCAAGGAACAGAGAAUAAGAUGUUUACUUCAGGGAGCAUGGUUUCCGAGAAUCAUCCAACCAAAGACCAUCAGCGAAGAAGAAUCUACCUCUACCAAAAGUCUAGGAAGAAGAAUCCUAACGACCAGUUGGCGUUUCGUCAAACUCUCACAUAAUCGUCGAUACCUUCAUUAUUUCGAUUUCGAUUACCAAAUGAGCAAAGAACCAACCCUUGAUCAAUUACAUGAAAAAAUUGAUUUGAGCACGAUUAGUUCAGUCGUCUCCAAUGUUUCCGCAUCACAUGAUGACGGCUCCAGUAUCUCCAGCUCAUCAACCCUCAAAGAUACCAAUUCCACACCAAAAGCCAAUACUACCACCAAAAUCACAAUCAAUAGUUAUGUAGAUAUUUCUGAUAAAAUACAACCAGAUGGUGGUGAUCCGGCCGAAAGAGCAAUUCUGACAUUGAUGCCUCCGACGCAUAGUCUGGCGUCGGAAUGGCUGGAUGGAUUACUGAUGUUAUUGAAUCAAGCGCCUAUCACAUCGGAAACUAAUAAGCUGGUGGGUUUGGUUGGUGGUUAUGGCUUAAAGAUUCGUCUGUUGAAUGUUAGGUUGGAUGAUGCAAAUGGGUAUGGGGGACCCCAGGUGGGGGCCGGUAAAGUGCCGAGUAGAGAGGGUUUGGAUGAGGAUUAUUUUUAUGAGGUGUGA